GUUGGCCUGUGGUUGGAGAGCGUCGCGCCAAACGGACUGCGACAACAACAAAGAUCGGGUUUGCCAGCUCCACGACCCGGACAAGGACAAAUCGCAGCGCACACGUGCCGAAUCUGGUGCCUCAAUACAGGACAUCGAUCUUUUCGGGGCCAUUGUUUUACGCCCCACCGGCUUUUGGCUUGCCUUCCUCCUCUACCCACCCUCAACCCUCCCCGGACAAGUGCGUUUAUAACGCACACAAGACUCGAGCCGCCUUGGACAGGUGCGUUUAUAACGCAAACCCACCCGCCUAGCCCUCUUAUCAUCAUGCGUCGCGUUUCCGCAGAUUUAACCGACCCCUGUCGAAAUAUCGAGGAGUCGGUAGGCAUGCCGGACCCGUCAUCAUCUAUUGAUCCCGACCUGGAUAUGGAGCUGAGUGUGGAAGAGGAGGGUGCCCGAAUCUAUACCCCGCCUCCGCAUAUCGCUGCACGAUUCUACCGACCUAGUCAAAGUCGCCGAAAGGACUCGGCCGCCUCGUCGCGCCGCAACUCCAUCUCCUCUGCUCAUUCCCGAUCUUCGCACGGCUUUGCUCACCAUGGCGGCCCCCAGAGCAAAUACAUCGCCCAACAGAUGCGUCGCGCCUCUAUCCUGGAGGACAGGAAAGCCCGCUUGGCCGACAGGGCGGCGCACGCCGAGAAAGUCCGCCUUAGAGCUGCCCUGGCAAAAGCUGGUCAUCACAAGAUCUCUAAUUUGGAGGAGCGCGCGUUAGCUGCGGCACAGGCCAGGGAGAAAAAUCUGGCCGAGAUUGUUGCGGCGUGCGCCGAGGAAGUCAAGCGGGCUAAGGCGGUGGCCGAGAGCAUGAAGGAGAAGAGAGAGCAGGAGCUUCGUAAGCUCAAGUCUCAGAUGGAGGAGCGAUUGGCUGAAGCUGAGAAGAGGAGGGAAGAGCUGCGUAACCGGCAGGCUUCUAGGCGCUCUAGAGGCCAAAGCUUGACAACUAAGAAAUCCGAGAGCGGUAGUCUCCCGGAAGAAGAAGAACAUGAAUCCUCGAGCAUGAGUGACAUCGCUGUCAUGAGCGAGGACGUGGCAGCAUUCAAGAUUCAGUGGUGGUGGAGAGGUGCGCUGAGAAUGCGGGCGGUGCAGCAGUUCUCGGGAUUGAGGCUGAACAUUGACAGUGUUAGAGAUACAUCGUUUGAUCAGGUGGCCGACCUUCUUGCUCAGGAGCGAGUGCUUUUGCUUACGGCGAGAGUAUUGCGUAUCUGUGGUUUACAGGAAGGGGAAGCAGGGUCAGUGGAUGAGAUGACGGCUGUCCGCACGUUCUUGAGUGCCUACUUGAUCCUGGGCCACCCCACCCAGGUGCUGAGUAACAAGGAUGAAAAGGGCGAACAGGAGCAGGUUGGAUCCUUUCAAGGGCAGCCCAUACCUCGUGAUGAUCUAGCUAAUCCUCAAUUACAGGAUCUCGUCGCCAAGGCACGAGAUUUGCUGAUCUCUUUUGAGAACAUACUCUCCCGAUUGACCUCUAUGAACAACCACACGCCUCCUCCAUUGUUGCAAGGGGCCCUGUCGGAGUCAUACGCGACUUUCCACAAUGCCUUCAUAGCGUGGAAGGCCCGCGAUUCGAAUGCGUUGGUCGAGGUCAUGAUCUUACAAUUCGUCGAACUCGACGCAAUCCUCCAAACCGUCAAGGAGCGUACUGAAGAAGCCGUUACCGAAACGUACCGGCAGAGUAUCAAGGACAACCAAUUGAUGCUGAUGGUUCGCAUUAAACGACUUGCUGGUCCUGAACGGGGUAAGAAAAUGAUUUUCGAAGCUAUCAAACAGGCGAGGAAGGCUCGGGCGGCAAAGAAGCCCGCGGGCGACAUGAGACCGAGAGUCGCAGAGCAUUCCCUGGACGACGGCAGCGCCGUAGGGGACCACGCCACAGCAGAGCACGUUGUUUCGUCGCAGCUGCAAACGCUCACGCCACCGUCCACCCCGCUUGCGGAGAGGGACCUGAAGCAAGCUAUGAUACAGUCGAAAUAUCCCCCGAUACUGCCGGAUAACCGAGUCAUUGUUCACGAGCUAGCGAUCGAUCGAGAAUAUCGCAUCGAAUACCAGCAUUUCCAGGAGCAGCACAAGCUACGUAUGGAUCCCCUCUUCGAGGAUUUGAAAGUCGGCCCCAGAGACGAAGAAAAGGAAUUUCAUUAUCUCAUCAUCAUGGCCAACUACAUCAGGGAUAGGCUUCAGCAUCUGGUUAGGCCAGGCUCACCCAUGCACAUCUUUAUCGGCGAGAUUCUCGACACCGAGGUCGCACAGCGGCAAUUUCUAGCUGGCAGUUUCUCGUAUGAGAAGUUCUUCUCCUCGAUGGGAUCGCUACUUCCCAAGCUCUGUGCGCCCGUCCGCGACGACGAGGUUAAGGACCUGAUUGAGAACAAGAUUAGCCAGGGUCACAUCGUGGACCGCCUCGAGGCGCUCAUCUCGUUUAUCGACACGAUGCUCUAUGAUUACGCCAACUAUAUGUUGCAGGUUGCGGCGCCAAAUCUUGUCAAGCACGCUUCGGAGUAUGAAGCCAAGAGAUUCGCCGAAGAGCUAGACAGUGGCAAGGUCACACUAUCUCGCGCCGAAGUUUCGUGGCGAAGCGCGCGUGCCAAGGUGCACGCUGAUGUGGCGCGGCGGGACCCCGAGGGUAUCAACCACCCGCGCUCACGGCCCACGCCGGACAAGAUCUAUUGGCAGAUGCUGUUGGACGAGUUCACUCAGCCAUCGCCUUCAGACGAUACCAUACCAGAACCCCUCGCCCUAGACACCAAGCGUCGUUCUCGCAUAGGCGGCCGGAUGAUGCGUAUCGUUACCGCCGGCGCUAUCCUCCUACAAUGCAAGAAUCUUCUCAAGCGUGACGUUCGGACCCCCUGGAAGACGGAGGCCGGCCGCAUCUUGAGUGUUCUCGAGUCCAUGGACGACGAUGUGAAACCGCUCCCACAGGCCACCGCGGUUCAUGGCAUCAUGGCAGCGCUGGAGGCCGGACGGUUGAUGCCGACCGCGACCAAGGCGCACCUACAAGCGCUCGUAACAAGAGUGCUUGCUGAUAGCGUGGAUACGAAGCGCGACAAUACGGACCCGAGAGAGCCGGUGUUGAGAUUGCUCUUGGCGCGGAUAAGGGGCCAUAUACUGGCUAGGCUGCAAGCCGGCUCCGCAAGCGAGAAGGUGAAGGCUACUAGCAUGGCCGGGGAGAAGCUUGCAGGUCUCGGACUCCCCGAGUUUGUAGAAAAGGUGCGAGAGGUGGUGGAUGAAAUUGUUAGGCUGGGGGCCGUGGAUCGGGAGGCCCAUGGAGUGUGGUGGGAGGAGCUGGCCGAGAAGGUGGAAAGAGACUCUGCUGCCAGCCAGUAGUCGCGCAUAUGCACAUGCGCAUGGUUGCAUGACAUCGAUGGAGGAAAUGCAUAUUGUCAAUAUCGGAUGAAAGGCAAUGAGCAUACAGGGGGGAAGCGAUUUGGGUACUUGGUUUCCGCAUUUCGAAUUCGGCACAGGGCGUUCCCCCCGGUGGGUAUUUAACACGCAUGCACGCACAUGUGCUCGAGGACGGCGGUUCGGAUGUUUGGAACCGUAUGCGUGCGUUGUGGCGGGUUCACUUUUGUUGCUUCGCUGCUUUAAGAAUAGGCAUACAAAACGUCGAAAGCUGAACCUGGCUUAUUGAUUGAAAAAGGAGAUAAAACUAAGCGUAAAAACAGCUAAUUCAACAGCUUUUAAAUACGGCUGCUUUUGCAGUUGAAGCGCUGUUGCGUUUCGUGCGUU